AUGCCGGAUUUCAAGCCUGGCCAGGCCGUGCAGCUCAGCGAUGGCCGCAAAGGCGUCGUCCGCUUUGCUGGCCAAACUCACUUCCAGGUGGGCGAGUGGGUUGGCGUCGAGCUCGAGGAGAAGACGGGGAAGAACGACGGCAGCGUUCAGGGGGAACGCUACUUCGACUGCCCCAUGGGCUACGGCAUGUUCGUCAAGCCCAUGAUGGUCACCAUCCUCACGCCGUCGUCCCCCGUCAAGGCCCUGACGAGCCGAAAACCUGGCCAACCGGCGAGCUCCAACGUGGGUGCUGCCCUCGCCUCCGCCACCGCAGGCGGGGAUGCCUCUCUCGCAACGAGGAGGAGCCUGAACAUGCCAAGUCCGAGCCCGGCCCCUAGGCCCCUCCGACGGCCAAGUCUCGUCAAGUCUCCGACCAAGUCUCCAACGAAGCUUCUCAGUGGCCCUCCUAGUGCGGCUGCCUCGCGAACAGUCACCCCGUCCAACCCUCGCGGCACCCCCGUGUCCGCAGGAACCAAGGCGCGCUCGUCCGUCGGCGGCAGCACCCGCACCUCCAUGGGCCCUCCGGCGGUGCCGGCCUCUCGAACGGCAAGGCAAUCGUCCAUUUCGUCGGUCGCUUCGAGGUCGUCGGCUACCGCAGCGCGACCCGCCAACGCCAGACCCCCCGUCGGCGGCAUACCGUCCCUGUCGCGCCCGGGCUCGCGUCGCCCCUCGGCCGAUUCCCACGGCGGCCGCGACAGCGGCUCCGCCUCCGACGCCGCCAGCCGCUCCACGACCCGCUCCGCCGGUGGCAUACUGUCGCCGCAGCCCACCAGUCCCGUCCGUGGAAGAACGAGAGCUCUCGAGAAGCUGGCUGCCGUCGAGUCGUCCGAGACGGCCAUGGCGCCACCGCCCAAGAGCUCCGCCUCCGGCUCGAGAACGGCGGCGAACGCGGCGGCAAAUCGCGAGGUGGAAGACUUGAAGGCUAAGCUUAAGGUGCUCGAUCGGAAACGGAUCGAGGAUCGGGACAAGUUGAAGCUGCUGGAGAAGAUUCAGGCCGAACGGGACAAGUUCGAGGGCAUCAUUCAGAAGCUGCAGCAAAAGUACCAGCCGCUGCAGCAGGAGAAUGCCGAGUUCAAGAAGCUGUUGCAAGAAGCCGAGGCGCGAUUCGAAUCCGUCGAAACGAUGCAAGCCGAACACGACUCGGCCCUCGAGCUCGCCGCCCUCGACCGCGAGAUGGCCGAGGAGACGGCCGAGGUGUUGAAGAUGGAGCUCGACGCCUUGAAGCAAAAGGUCGAGGAGCUCGAGCUCGAAGUGGAUGUCCUCCGGGAGGAGAAUGCCGAGUACGACCAGGGCAUGACGUCGGAGGAACGCGCCAGCAGCGGCUGGUUGCAGAUGGAGAAGACCAACGAACGGCUCCGAGAGGCGCUCCUGCGAUUGCGCGACAUCACCCAGGCCCAGGAGGAGGAGCUGCGAGGUCAAAUCGCCGGGCUCGACGAGGACGUCAAGGAGCUCGCCGCCGUCAAGGAGGAGUGCUCGGCGACGAAAGAGAAGCUCGCGACGUCCGACGCCGCCGUCGACGACCUUCGCCAGCAGCUCGACAACGCGCUCGGCGCCGAGGACAUGAUUGAGGACUUGACCGAGCGGACCAUGACCAUGUCGGAGCAGAUCGAGGAGCUCAAGGCCGUCGUUGAUGACCUGGAAAACCUCAAGGAGAUCAACGACGAGCUCGAGGCCAACCACGUGCAGAACGAAAAGGAGCUGCAGGAGGACCUGGACUUCAAGGACAGCGUCAUCGCCGAGCAGGCCCGCCGGGCGGCCCUGCAGGAGGAGUCCCUCGAGGAUCUGGAGUACACCCUGUCGCGCUUCCGCGAGCUCGUGACGAACCUACAGGGUGACCUGGAGGAUAUGCGAGCAUCCCAGGCGGUCACCGAGGGCGAGUCAGAAAAGCUCAACGACCGGUCGCGGGCCAUGCUGGACCUGAACAUGAAGCUCCAGCUCUCCGCCGCCAAAGCGCAAGCCAAGACGAUCGACUUGGAACUGCGGCAUCUGGAAGCGCAGGAAGCGGGGCAGCACCUCGACAUUGUCAAGCUCUUCAUGCCCGACAGCUACCUCGAGGACCAAGACUCCGUCCUAGCCCUGCUCCGAUUCCGCAGGCUCGCCUUCAAGUCGAACCUGUUGAUGUCCUUCAUCAAGGAGCGCAUCGGCGGGCCGCCCCACGCCGGCCACGAAGACGACGUCUUCUCUGGCUGUGACGCCGUCGACAAGCUCGCCUGGGUGUCUGCCAUGUGCGAACGGUUCGUCAACGACAUGAGCCGCUGCUCCGUCGAGCACUUCUCCAAGUACCGCAAUUCUCUGCACGAGCUCGAGCCGGUCGAGCGAGCGCUCAACGGCUGGAUCGAAGGACUGCGCCGGGACGAGCUCAAGGAGAAGAGCUGCGCAACGGAGCUGCAUCGAACCGUCGCUCUCAUGUCGCACCUCGCCGAGGUGCACAUCUCGACGGGCCUCUCGAGCUUCGCGGACGACGUGUACAUGAAGUCACUCGUCGCCCAGAGCCGCAUGGAAACCGCCGUCGUCGCCUUCAACACGACCAAGGCCAUGGUGCAGCGCGCCCUCCCGUGCGGCGGCGACGGCGAGAGCGACGGCGACGGCGCCAAUGACGAGAUGGCGCAGCACUUUUUCAAGAAUCUAGACCUCGUCAUCACGCAGACGAGAAGCACCAAGGUCAUCGCCGGGAAGGUGGUGCGAGCGCUGGAGGACCUCAAGGCCCGCUCGUCUUCGCUCCUCCCGGAGAGCGCGGAAGCGUUUGAGCGGUGCGAGAAGAGCAGCGAGGAACUGGCAGAACUGGCGAGCAAGAUCGGCAACGGCAUGCACGGAUUGCUUACCCUCGACGAAGGUCGCAACGAACCGUUCACCUACGCCGAGAUCGAAACAGUACUCCAGCGGGCCGGGUCGGGAGCCGACGGCGCGGGGGAAACGGACACGCUUUCGAGCUGCCUGUCCAAGCUGAGAGUCAUCAACAGCCAGAUGGCAAACCUCGCCGCGCUGGCGACGGAUCCGGACCAGACGCAAGAUCUUGACGUACAUACACCCCCCUGGCGGCUCCGAUCCCAAGAGCUCAAAGCGCUCCGGACGGUGCCGGUGGAUGCGGAGGAGGAGCUGCGGCGACUCAAGCAGGAGCAUAACGAAGCUCGGCGAACCAUCACGCAGCGGGACGAGCACCUCAGCACCGCCGUCCUCAAGAUCGAGACGCUCGAGGCACGGAUGCGAGAUGCACACGCCAACGUUGAGCGCAUUUCCGACCUUCAGAAGCGGCUCGGAAACUCGGAGGAGCUGGCGGCCAGCCUGCGGGAGGACAUCGAGAAGCAGGAUCGCGAGCUCAAGAAUCUCGAGUCGGAGCGCGACAAGUGGCAGAAGAUGGCCAACGACAGCCAGGCGAUGGCCGGGGGUGCCGAUGCCGCCGGUGUCAAGGCCGGCCAGGAGCGAGCCGUGGCCACGGCCCGAGAGAUGGAUGCGCUCAAGAAGGACAUCGAGUCACUUCAGUCGGCCGUGCGCUACCUGCGCGAGGACAACCGUCGUGCGCGGACAAAGGAACAGCAGAGCUACGACUGGCUCGCCGAGCCGUUGACGAGGCCGACGGCUCCCCCUGAGCAGCGCAGGAAUCUCAUCGCGGCCGAGGGCAAGGAUGUGCUCGGCGAGCUGAUCAAGCUGGCGGCAUCGGCCACCAUCUUCAACCUCAGCUCCCUGCCCAAGGACAAGCUCGCGUGGCGACCGGCCAGGUCGACGGCGCAGCAUCACGCGGCGAAGCAGCAAGAGGACUACGCGGCGUGGACGUCGUGGCAGGACUCGGUGGCGGAGAAGUCGGCGGCGCUCCUCCGCCACGGCGAAGAUGAGAUGCGGCGACGGGGUCGGCUGAUUGGAAGCCCUGCGGCGCAGCUGCAGAUCCGCCUACCCGGCCUCGACGGCAAGAUGAUGACAGGCACGGGCCUGGGAGGGGAUGGCGUACAGGUUGUGGGGUCACGAGAAUGGGAGGCUCUGCAGGGAGGGCUCGCUUCUGGCGCGUGA